AUGUCUCCGGAAGACAAUAGUCGCGCGCCGAACCCUAAAAGCCUGCAUCAGUUUCCCCUCCAUUGCCAGAGCUCCCGGUUUGGCCGUCCUACGCCACAGUCCUCUCUGGUCUCUUCCGUUUAUUCUCUUCGCCCGCCCCGCCGGACAAUGCACACGUUUACCUUUGUUCCCCGCCCUUUUCCGCCUCCCGCUCUCGCCGACGUUCCCCUUGAGUACAUCAUUGACCAGCUCCGCCGUCUCGCUCCUCAUUAUUGGAGCAAACCUGAAACUUCGGAUUGUACCAUUCUUGUUCCACUGGAUAGCUCCUGUAGUCGUUCGAUCAUGACCGACACAGUUCCGGGAUCGUCUGUCUUUACAUUAGCAGAAACACUAUCUCAAUCUAAUGCGCUCGACAUCUCAGAGGUGUCAAUCCCCGUUCCUCGCAUGGUCAUGAAGUUACACAUGGAUUAUCUUUCAGCCCAUUCCGCGCUGCUGAGAGGCCUACUCAGUGGUGCUUCGCCCUUCGACCUGAUUGACAGCGCACCAACCCCUCCGAUUGCCUCACACUCUUCCAGACACAGUCCCACUGGUUCCUCUCGAUCAAAUCGCUCUUCAAUGUCCGUACCGCUUGUCCCCUCUCUGCUGCCCUCGCUCCCUACACGGCCCACCAUAUUCCUACCGGUCCCCGACCCACCGUCCCUACGCCUACUCGUGCAUUAUAUCUAUUUCGGUUGCACAUCCUUCAUCGAGGACGCACUAGACCGUGGGGUUCUCAGUUGGGAAGGCCUUGCCCGCAACGUCGAGUAUCUCGGCAUGGGCCCUGAGAUCAAAGUGUUCCUUGGGCAGUGGUAUGGGCGCUGGCGUCACGGUCAUACCGCAUGCGCUCAGGGUGAUGACUACAACAGCAGCGACUCGGACAGUGACAGCGAUUCUAGCGCCGAAGGCGAUGACGACAUGGACUCCACUGCGAGAGAUGAGUCUAUCGCGACGUCUGUGACCCUCACUGACCACGAAGACAUUUACUACGCCGCGAAGGAAUACGAAAGGCCCGAGGAGCCACCUCGAGGACGCAGAACUGCAAGGCGCUGCUUGGGACACUCUACGUCCGACCCCGAGUUCACCCGCCUUUCCCGUCUUAGCGAUAUCGACGCUCGCCGUCCGCCCGUCCCGCGCGGACGCAGCAAGUAA